AUGCCCGUCCAAAACUACGGCGUCUGGAAAGCCCACCCCAUCAAAUACACCGUCGAACACGCCCACCAAGACCCCCGCACCCCACACCUGUCCCUAUACUUCACUUCCGACGAUGCCCCCUCCCACCCCUCUACCACCAAACACCACCACCAACCCCACCCACCCACCACUAAAACCAAAGACAUCCCCAACCUCAACCGCGCCGCCAUCAACAUCAAAUCCGGCGACCGGGCCGAAUCCCGUCUCGUCUACUGGGUCAACGAGAACCUCAUCGACCACCACAUCAUCGAUUCCCUCUCCAACCUCCCCUACGGCUUCCAAGCCCUCGAUGAAAUCGACCACGAAGGACUCGAUUACAUCCGGGGGAAUCUCUUCACCGUACACAGCGGCCGCAUCCUCCCCCACGAUAUCCAAGGCCGCGAUAACGACAUAAUCGACGUCCUAGAGCCAAGAAUCAAAUGGGCGAUCGAACAACAAGCCGACAUAUACCUCUUCGGCUCACAAUUCAAUUCCAAAAACGGCAUCCACAAUAUCCACAUGAACCAAGGCAACAUCUCCAGUUUCCGACAAGAUGAUGGCGUGUGGCAGGACGGCGGGAUGAUCUUUCAUUCUCCGCGGGAGGGGAAAUGGGUGGGUGUUUUUCUGGCGUUUGCGUCGCAGGCGGCGCAUACGGAUGAUGAGGAGGGACAUAAAAUUGGGGUGACGACGUGGGCGGAUCUUUUGGAUAGGCAUGGGGCUGGGGGAAGAAGAAGACGGAGUAUGGAGGAUUCGGUGGCGAUUGUGGAGGUUAAUGUGGGGUCGGGACGACAUCGGUUGGGGAAUCGGACUACUCAUCCGGUGGCGUUGGCGGAUUGGAGAAUUCAUAAUUCGUUGGGGCAGGUGCAGGAGUUUCCGAGGGGUGCGGUGGUGGAUCCCAGGGCGACGAUGGAGUUUGAGGCUCCUAUGUGUCCGUUGUCGGAGAGGGGGGAUACGGUUACUUUGUUGAAUCAGGAGGGGUUGAAGGUUCAUGGGCUUACUGUGUCUUAUUUGUGGUUGUGUGAAAAGAGUGAGCAAAACGUUGGUGUGCUCCUUAUCGGUCGCAAUUAA